AUGAACAGGAAAAGGGAUAAAGGAUUUGAGAGUCCACGACCCUUUAAAUUAACCCAUCAGGUGGUGUGCAUCAACAACAUCAACUUCCAGAGAAAAUCUGUUAUUGGCUAUGUUGAGCUGACUAUACUCCCUACAGUAGCCAACCUUAACAGAAUUAAGUUGAACAGUAAACAGUGCCGAAUCUACAGGGUCCGGAUAAAUGAUCUUGAAGCUCCUUUCAUUUAUAAUGACCCCACUUUGGAAGUGUGCCACAGUGAGUCCAAGCAAAGGAACCUGAAUUACUUCUCCAGUGCCUAUACGGCUGCAGUGAGUGCUGUGGACCCUGAUGCUGGACAUGGCGAGUUGGUCAUUAAAGUUCCUUCGGAACUCUGGAAACAAGGGGAUGAUUGUCAUCUUUUAAAGGUAUACAUUGAAUUUUCCCUGGACCAGCCAAAAGGGGGUCUCCACUUUGUUGUCCAUGAUGUAGAAGGCAGUAUGUCAGAGAGAGGGGCUCACGUGUUCUCCUUUGGUCAUCACAACUCUACACGGUUCUGGUUUCCUUGUGUGGAUUCCUACUCAGAGCUGUGCACGUGGAAGUUAGAGUUCACCAUUGAUUCUUCAAUGGUUGCAGUCUCAUGCGGUGAUCUCGUAGAGACGAUCUACACGAAUGACAUGAGAAAGAAAACAUUCCACUAUGUCCUAUCCAUCCCGACGGCAGCUCCCAACAUCUCCUUAGCUGUUGGGCCCUUUGAAAUUCUUGUUGACCCCUACAUGCAUGAGGUGACCCACUUUUGCCUGCCACAACUACUACCACUUCUCAAGCAUUCCAUGUCCUACCUGCAUGAGAUUUUUGAGUUCUAUGAAGAAAUUCUAACAUGCCGCUACCCUUACUCCUGCUUCAAAACUGUUUUUGUGGAUGAGACUUAUGUGCAAGUGUCUUCUUAUGCUUCAAUGAGUAUCUUCAGCACCAACCUACUUCAUAGUGCUAUGAUCAUCGAUCAGACUCCUUUGACCCGUCGUUGCCUUGCCCAGGCCUUGGCGCAACAAUUUUUUGGUUGUUUCAUCUCUAGGAUGUCUUGGGCCGAUGAGUGGGUGUUGAAGGGAAUCUCAGGCUAUAUUUUUGGCCUGUAUUUAAAGAAGACCUUUGGCGUGAAUGAAUAUCGACACUGGAUAAAAGAGGAGCUUGACAAGAUUGUGGACUAUGAACUGAAGAUGGGAGGUGUUCUUUUGCACCCGACAUUUAGUGGAGGCAAAGAAAAGGACAAUCCAACCCCACACCUGCACUUCUCCCUCAAACACCCGCAUACAUUGUCAUGGGAGUACUACAAGAUGUUCCAAUGUAAGGCUCACCUGGUUAUGAGACUGAUUGAAAACAGGAUCAGCAUGGAGUUCAUGUUGCAGGUUUUCAACAAGCUUUUGAGCCUGGCCAGCACAGCCUCGUCGCAGAGAUAUCAGAGUCACAUGUGGAGCCAGAUGCUUCUUUCCACUCAUGCAUUCUUGAAAUCCAUCUCCAAUGUCUCUGGCAAAGACAUUUCUCCUCUAAUUAAGCAAUGGGUAGAUCAGAGUUCUGUGGUAAAAUUCUAUGGCAGCUUUGCAUUCAACAGAAAGAGGAAUGUUUUGGAGCUGGAGAUCCGCCAAGAUUACACAUCUUCUGGGACUCAGAAAUAUGUUGGUCCCAUCAAGGUGACGGUGCAGGAACUAGAUGGCUCAUUCAACCAUACCUUGCAGAUAGAGGAGAACAGCCUCAAACAUGAUAUCCCAUGUCACUCUAAGAGUCGAAGAAACAAGAAAAAGAAAAUUCCGCUGAUGAAUGGAGAAGAAGUGGACAUGGACUUAUCAGCAAUGGAUGCUGACUCUCCUCUUCUGUGGAUACGUAUUGACCCAGACAUGUCCAUUCUUAGGAAGGUGGAAUUGGAGCAAGCAGACUUCAUGUGGCAGUAUCAGUUGCGUUACGAAAGGGAUGUAGUUGCACAGGAGGAGGCUAUAUCUGCUCUUGAAACAUGCCCAACUCCUGCCUCCAGACUGGCUCUAACUGACAUUCUUGAACAAGAACAGUGUUUCUACAAAGUCCGUAUGCAGGCCUGCUUCUGUUUGGCAAAGAUUGCCAAUGCUAUGGUGAGCACAUGGCAGGGCCCACCUGCUAUGAAAUCUCUGUUCACCAGAAUGUUCUGCUGUAAAACUUGUCCCAAUAUCGUCAAGACCAACAACUUCAUUAACUUCCAGAGCUAUUUUCUUCAAAAGACAAUGCCUGUUGCAAUGGCGUUGCUUAGAGAUGUUCAAAACCUCUGUCCCAAAGAUGUCCUCAACUUCAUACUUGACCUUAUCAAGUACAACGACAACAGGAAGAACAAGUUCUCUGAUAAUUACUACCGUGCUGAGCUACUCGAAGCACUGACCAACUCUUUGACCCCAGCCAUCAGCAUCAACAACGAGACUCGGACAGUGGACAAUUUAAAUGCUGAUGUGCGUCUAAUUUUGGAAGAGAUAACCAGGUUCCUGAACAUGGAAAAACUUUUGCCAAGCUACAGAAGCACAAUCACAAUCAGUUGUCUUAAAGCCAUUCGCCAACUUCAAAAAAAUGGUCACAUCCCAAGUGAAGCAUCACUCUUCAGGUCCUAUGCAGGGUAUGGACACUUUGUUGAUGUUCGUGUUGCUGCUCUAGAGGCUCUGGUAGACUAUACAAGAGUUGAAAAGAGUUCAGUUGAGCUACAGUGGCUGCUCAACCUGGUUCAGAGUGACCCAGCUCCUUAUGUCAGACAUAAGAUCCUAGCCAUGCUUUGUAAGAAUCCGCCCUUCACCAAGACGACAGAAUCAACUAUAUGCAAUGAGGCUCUGGUGGAUCAGCUUUGGAAGCUGAUGAACUCAGGUACCUCUCACGAUUGGCGCCUGCGUUGUGAUGCCGUUAACCUCUACUACACUCUGUUUGGCCUUACUCGGCCUUCCUGCCUGCCCCUCCCUGAGCUUGGCCUUGUGUUGAACCUAAAGGAGAAGAAAGCAGUACUAAACCCCACCAUCAAGCCUGAAUUGAGUGUCGCCGCCGUUAUCGACACGCCUGCAAGUAUAGGAAUCCACGGUGUCGGCUUAAAUUACCCACCUGAGGAUGACGAGCCUGAUCCUAUUUCACUGGGGGUGUGCGGGGUAGGACAGCCUCCUCAGGGCGUCAAGAGAAAGGCCGAGACUCAGCUGGGCUCCCCUCCGGAACCCGGACAGGCAUUGCAGCAAGAUGACGACGGCAGAGUCGGACGCUACAAGAUCAGAUUUAACCUGGAAGAUGAAGAUAUAGAUAUGGAGACCGUUCACGACAGUCAAGCCUUUAUUCACCAUCACCUCAAUCUGUUGGAGAGGCCGUCAACACCAGGUAAAGAGCCCGCUUUCAUUGAACAGACCAUGCUUUCCAUGCCAGCCACCCCCAUACCACCCUUCUCCAAAGACACCGCGUCCUUGUCUUCAAAACACAGAGGUAGUGAGCAUGGCCACCACCACCACGAGCAUAAGAAGAAGAAAAAGAAAAAGCACAAACAUAAGCAUAAGCACAAGCAUGAAAAUAAGGACAAAGACAGAGGUAACUGGCAUCCUUACAGCAACAGUCCAGUCAGCGGCAAGCCUUCACCAUCAUUAUCUGAAUAA